GUCGAUCGACUCAUCAUCACCAUUUUCCUUUGUUUUCUGACUGGGUGGGUCCUUCUUUGUCAAUAUUGCCUAGGGACCAAGGAGCGGCUGUGGCCUUCUUUGUUCUCUAGGUUGUUGGGACCUGAUCAGCCGACGCAUGAUUUUUUGCGGCGUCGUUCGCCUUCCCAUAUGCUCUUGAGAAUUUUCCGCGAGUGAGAUAGAUACCCUGUAACCACCCAGGCCGCUGCGGGGGGGGAGCGGCGUGGCAAGAGGGCCUAGACCAGUGGGCGGGGGUUCGUCUCAUUCUUUCACUUUUGCCCCCUAAUGCUGGGG